AAUGAUAAUAGUCGCCAAACAAAGAUAGUGGGUAAUAUGUAUAUGCUUGGUGGAACUGGGUUUCCCAAGGUCUCUCAAAAACGUUUACAUCAUCUACACGUUCGUAUCCAUCUGGUAAAGUUUUUCUGGGCAAAUGAACGCAGUAACGGGAUUGAUUGUAUGGCUGAUCGCCAGUUUUGCAAUUGGAUCUGAGGCGCAUGAAGUGUCCACCGAAGCUGGUGUAUGUAAGCGUGAAGUUUGUGAGGUGUAUUGUCCAUAUGGAAACGUAAUAGACUCGAACGGAUGUCGAACGUGCGAAUGCAUUGCUAAUCCCUGCACGAAUCACACGUGUCCCAGUGGUCAGGAAUGCAAAAUAGUGCCUGUACUUUGCAAAAAGGCACCGUGUCCAUUUACUGCCACUUGUGGGCCAGAAUGUCCGUUGUAUAAAUGCGUGGCGAAAGAUUGCCCGUACGGAUAUGAGGUUGACGAAAAUGGUUGUAAGGGAUGUGAUUGUAAGGAUUACACCAAAGGGUGCCCAUGCACAGAAGAUCAAAUUUGCAUCGUUGAAAAGCUUUGCCCCUUUGGCGAGUGUGGGAUAAAACCCAAGUGCGUCAAGAAAUGUCCACUCAGCUUACCCUGCCACUCACUUAUGGAUUGCCCAUAUGGAUUUGAAUUGGAUCGUGACAACUGCCAAACUUGCGCCUGCAAAAAUCCAUGCGCGGGUGUUAUCUGUCCAAGAGCAAAAUAUUGCGCGGUUAUUGUUCUUAACUGCCUUGUCGCUCCAUGUCCAGCCCCUUAUCCGGAGUGUCAAUCUUAUUGCCCUGAAAACAGCCAGCUCUUAUCAAAUCUUCGCAACGAACCGGUCACUUGUACAGCCGACUUGGAACCUUGUCCAAAAGGGUACGACUGUCACUAUGUGGCUCGUUUACGGUCGUCUUUCUGUUGCAAAUCAAGUGACGUAAAUCAGGAGCAGGAUAACUAACCUUUAAGCUGCCGUUUAUUAUGAAAUAAAAAAGCAGAAAUCAAUGAAACCACUGGAACCUCUUGGUGCCACCUAAAUUUAAAAAAUAAAAUAAUUUUUAAUUUCUGUAAAUGUUGAAAUAUCAAAAAUAAAGUGACUACCUGCAUGGGUA